AAUUUUAGUACCUAAGUCGAAAUGGCGAUCACACACAUCUUUUCUCUAAAUGUCGUUUUAGUGAUUUUAGUCCAAAAGACAGCUUGUAUUACAAUAUCUGAAGGAAAUACAUACAGCAGAUCUUGUUCAUCGGGGUACUAUCUCGAGAUCACUUCUGCGAGGUGGUACUGUAACGAUAUUUGGUAUUCCAACUCAUUGACAGUGACAUCUCGUGUCAAUUCAAACUGUAAUUACCAGACUUCGUGUACUCUAAGGGCUGAGGACAGUUGGCUAGGAGGCGACCCUUGUCCAUCAUAUUCUAAAUAUCUAAACUGGGCCGAUACCUGCAAGUCUUUUUGGGGAAGCUGGGGAUCUUGGUCCGCUUGCCCCGGAGACUGUACCACCCACAACCUUGUCCGGUACCGGACCUGUGUCAAGCCAAGUGGCGGGUGUGGAUCAGCGCCAGCAGAUUAUAUCCCAUGUAAAAGACUCGGGUGUUACUCAUCGUCGGACAUCAGCAGAAGUACCCCCGAUAACAAGGUGUACUACAGUCUGACCACCGACUGUUUCGUCGCCACUGGACGGACAUCCGUCGCCUUUAGAGCAAGGGCAAACAAUGACGUCCAUAUUGCCUUGGCUAGUGAAGAUAGCUCAUCGAGUGGUACCCAUUAUGAAAUUAUCAUCGGUGGCUGGGGUAACACGCAGUCUACAAUUAGAUUCGCCAUUGGCGGAACUGCCUGUGUUUACCAAUCUGGUUCUUACCUGACUCAAACUUAUUUCGACGAAUUUUGGUUUUCUUGGACCGGAAAUUAUGUCCGUGUAGGCACUGGAAGCUCACCUGGAAGUGGCAUUUUCAUGAGCUGCUAUCAUUCAACACCAUAUACUGUCAACUUUAUUUGGAUAAAAACGGGAUAUGGAUCAUCAGGAGAAUGGAGGUUUCCUAAUGAUGUUGCAUGUUCACACGUUACUAACAGCUAUGUCAGCAUUACGACUGAUGAUACAUCCUGCAACGGACGAAGUUACUAUGCUUGCAAUACGGGAUACAAACAGGUCGCAGGAAACACACAGCGUACAUGUGGAUUUGGUGGAAUUUUGUCUGGGUAUCCACUAGUCUGCUCUACUUCGACAUGUAAAAUCGACAUAGUGUUCAUCGUUGAAGCGUCGGCCUACACUUCUUCGAUUCAUUCAGCAUUAAUGACAACUAUUGGCGAUUUGGCGGGUAGUCUACAAAUUUCUACAAGUAAUAUUUUAGCUGGAGUCAUUACAUAUGACGAUACUGUGGAGCUAAACAUCGACCUCAAUGACUACUACUAUUCCGCUUCGACACUGGAUAGCUCCAUUACAUCAAUACCAAUAUCAAACGCAGCAUCUACCGUAAACCUGGCUGAAGCUCUGCGAGUAGGAUUUUACGACUUCUUCACAUUAUCCAAAGGAAACAGAUUCACAGCUUUCAGACAUUUUGUUGUGAUUGCAAAAACAUAUUCUUCGCAGACAGGUGCCACAGUGGCCGAUCAAAUCAGAAUGAAUUUGAAAAAUCAGCUUUUCACCAUAGGUAUUUCUCCAUCUGCUUCCUUAAUCACGGACUUGAAAGCAAUUGCGGGUGACGACAGCAGACAUUUCGAAGUUAGUUCUACAGAUGGUCUGUAUAACCAAUUCAACAAUAUUCUUCAGAAAAUUGCUGUUUGUCCCGAUGUAACAUUUGAGACUAUGACGGUUGAAUGUGAGCUUGAUAUCGUAUUUAUAGUAGAGAGAUACAAUCUACGAUACACCAAAAGAUUUCUGGCGGAGUUGAUGGACAAUAUAACUAUUUCAAGUACUGGCAUUAAAGUCGGUAUGGUUUUAUUUGAUUCUGGUGCGUCAACUGUAUUUAGACUAAACUCUUACACUUCCUCUGAAUCUGUUCGAAGUGCCAUAGAAUCGAUCUCGGAGACGAAUCAGACAGACCAUUUGGUAGACAAGGGAUUGAUAGAAGCCCGGGACAAUGUGUUUACGGCCGCUAGAGGUGAUCGAACAGAUGCAAGUAACUACUACGUGAUUAUUGUUGGACCAUUCGAAAGUUAUCCGGAAGCUGUAGCAAAGGACAUAAGGAGUAGUGGGAGCAACUACAUCUUUUCUAUUCAUAUAGGUAAUCAGUACCAGACCGAAUACCAGAAGGCCGUUGAUACAUGUGGAGACUACACCAAGUAUACAAAUGUGGAUUCUUACGAAAACCUGAUUAACAUUAAAAAUGAUAUCCUCCAAAAAAUCACAUCAUGUGAGAGCGUGAACAUUACAAUUCCAGACUGUCCAUUAGACAUUGUUUUCAUCAUGGAGGAUACAGAUGAACUAAGUGCCACAGAUUUUAAUGACAUGAAAAGCUUUUUCGUAAGUUUGGUAUCUCGUAUGAUCAUCGGAGACACGGCAAUUAAGAUAGGGGUAGUGACGUACGCCGAUGGGGCCACCACUGCUUUCCCGCUGAACCAGUACUCUACAGCCAAUGGAGUCAUUAUGGGAAUCACUAACAUUAACCAGGGAAGUAAUGCCUACAACAGGAGCAGCCGUUACGUGGAUAGAGCCCUGAAAUAUAUCCAGAUGGAAUUCUUUACCACAGGGAAUGGUGACCGUUCAAACGCCGCCAACUACUACAUCCUUCUGACUGGUGGACCGUCUGCCGGAAACAAAGCUGCUGCAUUUGGAUCAGCGAUCAGAUCCAUAGCCUCCAGUAAUCUAUUCAUUGUUGGCGUUAACAUUUCCUCGAGUGAUGUCCCUGAAUUUCUUGAUACCGUGGAUGAUGACAAAUACCUGAAGGCCGUCAACUUUUCUGUUCUUCAAUGUAUCAACGAUGUGGUCGUUCCCAAUAUCACUCAGUGUCCAGACUCGGUCACCCCGGCUAGUUUAGUCUCUCCAAGUUGCCAACUUGAUAUAGUUUUCAUCAUGGAAAAGACAGAAACGUCCUCCCAUGAGAACUACGUGUUCCUGAAAAGUUUCUUCUCCAACAUAGCACUACAGCUGGAUGUAUCCAGUAGCACUAUACGUAUUGGAGUCGUUACGUACGACACAGAUGCGUACACAACAAUUGCCCUGGACGCCUACAUGACGCCUACAGAUAUCAGCUACCAGAUUCUGAAAUUAGCGGAAGGUACAGGCAAAAGAAACAUGAUCGACACCGCAUUGGUUCACACCAAAAAUAACUUCUUUACAGCAGCUAAUGGAGACCGUGCGAGCGCUGCUAAUUAUUACGUGUUCGCCAUAGACGGAGUAAGAAGUGGCGCCUCUAUCCAGGCGGAAUAUAUAAUGAAAGGAUGGCCCAGCACAGUGUUUGCUAUUGAUAUAAACAGUGGUUAUGAAAAAGAGUAUAGAAGAACAGCGGGGGAUAAUAGUCGAUAUUUUUAUGCAUCUUCUUAUGCGAAUUUAUCCGCCAUCGAAUCUGACGUCAUCGCAGCCAUUACGAAAUGUCCUGUGCCUCAACCAGUGACUACAACUGAUGGUUCUCUCAUGUUCGCCGAUGUCUCUGCUCCCUGCCUGAACAGUCUCAUCUAUCUUUACCCUGAAGACCUGACAGAAGGAAAAGACGGCGGACAAAAUACGAUGUACUUGAUGACUGAUUUUGUGUAUACCAUAACAAGUUGUUCACGCAUCACUUCUUGGGAAUUCUCCCAUUGGAAAUCUGGAUACAUUGACUUCAUGGUUUGGAGGCCAAGUGGUAGUAAUUAUAAACUGGUGGCUUACAACACUAUUUAUGUUUCAGGUAAAAAUACCACAACAUACACGGUGGUUGAGUACGAGAGGAUUGCUGUUCUUCAUGGUGAUGUCAUUGGCUGGCGGAGCAAGGGAGAUAACUUAGUGACAAGUGGACCAUGUUUAGGACCAUGUGCAGAGGGAUACAAAGUGUCACCAAACAAUGUUCAAAUCGGAGAGGAGUUCGAUUGGACUAACUCGGGCACGUCGAUCAAUGGGACUGCAUAUGCUAUCAAAGCAUGCCUAGAAGACAAUGAAGCAAUAGCGUUUCCAACCUCGACACUCAGCGCUAAGAUACCUGACCACUUACCUGUUGGAUCUUUCGUUACGUUACUGGAGCCAGACGGCGCAGACUAUGCUGAAGUCGUUAAUUAUACCGUCUUGCAACACCCAUCGUAUCCAAAUUCUAUGGAAUAUUUCAAUGUUGGCGAAACAUCAGGCCAAAUUACAGUGGCGAAAAGAUUCCUGAAAGCCAAAGUGAAGAAUGAUUAUGCCUUCCUUGUCAGGGCUAAGGAUUCUUGUAAUACCACUGCAACGGCGACAGUUUCUAUUCAAACACAGAAUAUGCCGCCUGAAGUCCUUGGUAUGCCUAAUAUUAUCUCCAUAACUGAAGAAACCGACGGAGAUACAAAAUUGUAUACAACAAUUGUGGAAGAUCCCAGCGGGGAUAGCGUUUGUUGUUCAUUAGAGAGUACGUUACCGAAGACGAAUAAUUUCGUGGUUUUCGGAAAUGACACAGGAAUCCGUGUCAAUUAUUCCAUCAUGGCCAGCGACGCUCCUGCAUUUUCUUACAGACAAUAUAAUUCUUACAUCGUGAAGUUAUGUUGUGACGACGACGAAGACAAAUCAACCGGGGUACUUAUUGUCAACAUCAAGAAACCAAACAAAACAACAACGUAUGAGCCGCCAGGAUGGUUUAUGUUAUCAAUCGGGUUAUCCUGUGUGCCAAUUUUCCUCAUGGCUUUGAUGGCAUGUGUUGUGCUUAUCCAAACAAUGUUUGUUCCAGAAGAAUUAAAGAAGAAAUAAAUUGUCAUGUUUAGCAUUCUUAGAUCAACAUAUACUUUGAUGUUUUCUUACAUUUUUGUCAUAUAACUUUGUUUUGGUUUUUCAAAGUGACAGUAAAUUGAUUUGAGCAUUAAGUGUGUCCAUUUACUUUUCUUGGAAAAUUUGCUUUUCAACAAUAAGUCGUAUAUUUUUGGAGUGUCAUCUCUGUUAAUUCAUUAGAUUUCAAAGGUCAACUGUACAUUGACUCUUUUAAAUGUGAUAUCAGUACUAAAUAUCAUCCUCUUUGUAUGUAAGAGAUAAAAGACGAAACUGUUACUUUUGUGAGAAAAAGAACUAAUAAAGGCCCUUUGUUUUUUUAAUGUGGAUACAUAAUAGGGUAGAAAAAUACAACGGUUGAUUAUUAAAAUGUAAUUCACCGUUUACCCUCUGAAUCACGAUAUCUAUCAGUGACAUUUCAUGACGUAAAAGACAUAGUAAGUCUGUUUCUUUAAUUUAAUGCUAAUUGGAAUGUCUAAUUUUUCUUUCCAGCGAAUCUGUACCCGUCCAAUAAGUUAGUAGUUUUACCUGUCUCCUUCCAUUAUUUUAAGUAUUGAAAAUAUACCAUCUUUUAUUAUCAAGAAAAGACAAUGAAUGGUCACUUAAAAGUAUUGAAUUGUUCAAAAUUUCCAAGUAAAAGAACAUUAAUUAUAUAACUUUACUGUGCAAAUGUAACUGACUGCUGCUUGUUUUUUGUUAUGUUAAUGUAUAUGGGUAUAGUCCACUAAUGUAUUUUUUA